AAAGACCAUGCCUUGAAUUCUCUCAGUUGAGUGUAAAGGAUUCCUUCAGAGAUUUGUUUGUUCCCAAGAUGGAGAUCUUCCUGAUGAUGUAUACAAGGAACAACCCGAAAUGUGCUGAGCCGCUGUUUGAGCAGGGUAACUCACUCAAUGUUAAUUUCAACACAAACAAGAAAACGGUCUGGCUUAUUCAUGGAUACAGACCAAUGGGCUCCACUCCAGCAUGGCUUCAGAACUUUCUAAGGAUUUUAUUGACUCAAGAUGAUAUGAAUGUAAUUGUAGUAGAUUGGAACCGAGGUGCUACAACUUUUAUUUACAAUAGAGCGGUUAAAAACACCAGAAAAGUUGCCAUGAGUUUGAGUAAGUGCAUUCAGAAUCUUUUGAAGCAUGGAGCAUCUCUUGAUAAUUUUCAUUUCAUAGGUGUGAGCUUAGGGGCUCAUAUUAGUGGAUUUGUUGGAAAGCUAUUUCAAGGUCAACUUGGAAGAAUAACAGGUCUUGACCCUGCUGGGCCAAAAUUCUCUGGAAAACCAUCAAAUGGCAGAUUAGAUUACACCGAUGCAAAGUUUGUGGAUGUCAUCCAUUCUGAUACCAAUGGUUUAGGCAUUAAAGAACCCUUGGGACAUAUAGAUUUUUAUCCAAAUGGAGGAAAAAAGCAACCUGGCUGUCCUAAAUCAAUUUUUUCAGGAAUUGAAUUUAUUAAAUGUGACCACCAGAGAGCAGUUUACUUGUUCAUGGCAGCUUUGGAAACAAACUGCAAUUUUAUUUCAUUUCCUUGUCAUUCAUACAAAGAUUACAAGACUGGUUCAUGUGUGGAUUGUGCUGGCUUUAAGACAAAAUCCUGUCCUAGGCUAGGUUAUCAAGCUGAGCUAUGGAAAGAUGUUUUAAAAGAAAGAAUAGACAGAAGCUCUCUUAGGACCUCUGUGUUCUUGGAUACUACUGGCACAAAUCCAUUCUGUACCUAUUAUUUUGUUCUCAGUAUAAUUGUUCUGGAUAAAACUAUGAAGGAUGGCUAUAUUACAUUUAAAUUAUUAAACCAGAUUGGAAUGGUUGAAAAGCCAAGGCUCUAUGAGAAGAACAAAUCAUUUUAUAAACUUCAAGAAGUCAAGAUUCUUGCUCAGUUUUUAAAUGAUGUUGUAAAUGUUUCAAGCAUUAGUUUGGCAUAUUUUCAGAGCUCAGAUCAGCAAUGUUCCACAUGCAAAUACAGCAUCCAGCGUCUCAUGUUAAAAUCACUUACAUAUCCAGAAAGACCACCACUUUGCGUGUAUAAUUUUGUACUUAAAGAAAGUGAGGAAGUAUUUCUCAAUCCAAGCACAUGUAUAUCAAAGGAAAUAUAAAAUGCCAUCUUCCAUUAAAUGUA